CUCAGUCACCCAGUCACUCCAACUUGACUUCAACGUCUAUCCUCAAUCCCAUCUAGAUAUUUCCAGCAUCUCCAUGUUGUGUGAACCUCAUCAGACAUCGACACACACCCCCCUCCCUCUCUCUCUAUCUCUCGAGCCUAUACCCUAGAGAUCUCCUCCAUCCACCAUGGUCCUCUCCUUCAUCAUCGUCCAAAACCGACAAGGCAAGACGCGGCUCGCCAAAUGGUACGCACCGUACACAGAUGAAGAGAAAGUGAAAUUGAAGACCGAGGUCCACCGCCUCAUCGCGCCGCGCGAUCAGAAAUACCAAAGCAACUUUGUCGAAUUCCGCUCGGCCCCUUCAUCCUCGUCGUCCUCGUCGAAUUCCUCCUCCUCUGGCGGCGCCGGUCUCUCCCAACCCCUGGUACGCCAAAACCUCUCGUCCACAAAAAUCGUCUAUCGACGGUACGCGGGCCUAUUCUUCUGUGUUUGCGUCGACGCCAACGACAAUGAACUGGCUUAUCUCGAAGCAAUACAUUUUUUCGUCGAGGUUCUAGAUCAAUUCUUUGGAAAUGUCUGUGAACUUGAUUUGGUCUUCAACUUUUACAAGGUGUAUGCUAUUCUAGAUGAGGUUUUCCUCGCGGGAGAAAUCGAGGAGACGAGUAAACAGGUGGUGUUGACGAGGUUGGAACAUUUGGAUAAAUUGGAGUGAUGAUUUUCCUUGAUGAAGAAAGAAGGACAACAAUAAUAAUAGUGGGUGAUGCGGAAGUCGAGGUUAUGGCUAUGAUUCUCCUGUUGGGAGAGAGCUGGCGCUUCAAUAUACGUGGCUGAACUGUGAGAUCUGGACAUCAGAGUCGACUCGACUCGACAUAAUUUCACGCCUCGUCACGUUUCGAAGAGGGUUCAGGGCAUGAUUGACUGGGAACAAUUGCUCAAAAGGAAAGACACUGGCAGGACCAAAGGCCUUGUAUACAAGACUCGUGGCAACGGAACCAGGCUUAUCUUGUUACAUCAUGGACCACGGCUCGACGAAGCCGCAUUCAAAAGCCCGGGCAUCACACCGAACUUUACGACAUGGAGCACAGCGGACCACCAAGUGCUCGAAAAUCGCCGAGACAUUGCUUUAUCCAAGUCGCUCUUGAACUGGGGCAACAACUACCCUGAUACGGGUCCCUGUUGGCGGACUAUCGGUAUAUGAUCUAUACAAGGCGAACAAGUGCCGGAUCAUAGCUCUGGUCUAUGAACGUGGGUUGAGAUCAUGGACAGUCCCUUCCGACUACUUGCUAUUGGGACUGGUCUACCCCUCAAGGGUGGUUGAGUCCGUCAGGAGGUCACCAUAACAGCUGUGCAAUACGAAACGACAGUGUGUUUCCUCUUGGACUUUAACAAAGAGUCAGCAAGAUGGCAAUCAGCACACCAGCAUGAUUAUCAUAUUGACCAUGAUAGAACCAAGUUUUCAGAAUCAGGCUAGUUGAUGUCUUGCACAUCCAGCCAUCAUGAAUCAUGAAUUCAUUACAGUAUAUCUAUGCAACUCGGCCAAAUAAACAUCCAUUGAUCAUUUCAACGCUGCAAAUCUCUUUGCCAGGUCAUCUACCGUCGGGACCCUUCCACCAACAGCAGAUCCA